AUGCCCAUCCCAUCCACCACCGCGGGCGCGCUCGUCCCCCCGCCCGCCUCACGCGCCCGCGCAUCCUCUACCAACAUGCGCCCCGCUCUCACCCUCAGCUCGUUGGGCCCACGCGCCUCCUUCCUAUGCAAAGACUCGGACGCGGCGGAUGGCACCCCGACUGCGCCCGCAUUCAGACCUCCUAGCCCCAUCAGCAUCCCCGCAGCGCAGGCCCUCAGCUUGCUGCACAUCGCCCAUCCGGACGGCUACUGGACCACGGCGUCGUCUUCGCCCCGAUCCAGCACCGACACGAUUUUGCCCAUGUCUGCCUCGCCGGAGCAGACCACUUUUGCAGAUGUAUUUGUCGAGAAGAAAGUUGCUGCCGGCCCUUCAUCGUCCUCGCGCUGGCUCUCCUCCCCCUCGAUCCACGCGCCUAUCCUAUUCGUGAUUAUGGCUUUCCCGCUCUCCACGGCCCUUGUUCUCUACACGCUCUCCACCCUCCCCAUCACCGUCUCAUGGCCGCACACGAUAGGCGACCUCGCACAACUUGCCCGCGAACUCCGUUCAUACUCGCAGGCCGGAAAUGCGGAGACCGCCCACGUUAUCGGUGUCAUGGCCGUCACAGCCAUCUGGAAACACGCCUGGUCGGUACCAGGCAGUGUACUGUGGAACGUGCUUGCAGGCGUGCUAUUCACUCCUGUGUUCGGCACACUGCUUCUGACAGCGCUGACUACCAUCGGUUCCAUCUGUUCGACGCUCCUCGCCACACCAUUGGCGCCGCUGAUUACGGCGUUCUUCCCAAGAGUGCUCGAGAUGGGUCGCACAGCGCUGGAGGGACCCUCUGAUUCAGGGAUCAGCACCAAACAACGAGGCGCGGCCUGGGUCCGACUUUCGAUCCUGCGCCUGAUUGGCGUCGUUCCGUGGUCCGGCAUCAACAUUGCCUGCGGCGUCUGCGGCGUGUCGUUGUACGACUGCGCGCUCGGGACGUUCAUUGGUACUCUCCCGUGGACGGCCGUGACAUGCCAAAUCGGCGACAUACUGCAAACGGUCGCGUCCCAACCUUCGCCGACGCCGCAGUCCAUAUCGUCCCUCCUAUCCUCCCCAUCUCUGAUCAUCAAGCUCGUCUUCCUUUCCGUGCUCUCGUUGGCGCCGAUAUUAGGCCGUGAACGCUUGAGUGCACUCCUUGGCUCGCAGGGUUCCAAGCUGUCCUCUUCCGAAUCAGGUCGGACCGUGGAAGCGGAAGGCACGGAGCGGUGGGGCUGGGUGCAGGAAUGGCGAAUAAAGAUCCGAUUACCAUCGCGCUCGAGGGAACGUGCCCGGAGCGAACGGGAACGGGAACUGGAGAUACUCGUUCGGGAAAAACAGCAGCGGGAGGCAUCGGACGCAUAGUCCCACCCUCCCGCAGGUCUAGACAAGACAUGCUAGACGUCAUCACGAUCACUCCACCAUGGCCACCUACACCUACACUUUUCUUACACAUCCACGCGCAUCCGACACGACCCAUCCACUCAUCCUCGAUAUUCGCACGCGGCAACACAUCAUUCCAAUAUUGCAUUAUUUAUUCGUGCUCAUGACCGAUACGGUUUCGUCCUCCUCCUCUUCCUCGUGCCAUAAUUCGCGACAACCCGGCGCGAUACUUCGGGCAAUGUACACGCUCUCGGCGUUCUGGACGUGGCGCCAUUCGCAUGCGCCUUCUCGAUGACGUCGUUCCGGCUCAUCGACUGCGCUGCGGGGGCUGACAAGGCCUGGAGGAAGGUACCGCAUACACCUCCGGCGACAGCCCGCGUCCAGCAUUCUCGCCUCGCAUCGUUCGCCCCCCGCGCUUAGGCGCUGUGCGGAUCCGUUUCCAGCUUCCUCCAUCCCGCUCAGCCUUCGGCGCCACCUCCUCCCGCGCCCCUCCCCUUGGGAUUGUCCGGGCGUCCUGGCGCGGCCACCUACGAAGCUCAUCCCCUCAUGUUUAACGCGCGUCACGCACACGUACCGUUAGUUAAUGGCUCCGACCUAGCCGCUCUUUGUUCGUUCCAUAUGUACAUGUGUCGUACAGCGCGCUGCGUACCACAACAUCGACGGGUUGCGGUACCGGGAUAUUUAUAGAACUCAGUGCACGCGAGUCGAUGAGUCGGUCGGGCGGGUUCAGGGUUCAGGUAUCUAGGCUACAUCCUUGUGUGUAAUGAAAGCAUGAAUGAGAACGAGCG